ACGGGCAGGGCCGGGCAGGUCAGGAGCCGCCUCCGAGAAUCCCGCGGUGUCCUCCACGGCCCCGGCCCCUCGGCUCGGGCCGUCGGACGGGGCGCCCGCGGGCCGGGGCUGAAUGGGGCUCCCGCGUGGCCCUCUCUUCUGGCUGCUGCUCCUGCUCGCGGCUGCCUGUUCCGGAAUCCUCUUCGCCUUGUACUCUUCGGCGACGAAGCGCUACCCGGGGCCCUCCGCCCGGGCCAGGGACGCCACAUCACCUCAAGCAUUGUUUGGACCCAAAGCCUCGAAAGCUGGUGCAAGAAAGACAACCCUCCUUGCACCACUUCACCCUAAUGCACAAGCCACCAUCCUUCCACCACCCACUUCCACAAGCAAACUUCAAGCUUUUUCCCAGAGGCAGCACUGCCACCACCCCCUUUACCUCACCAUUCAGCGGGACCCCCACUUCCAGGGCCUGUUUGAUCUCUCCACUCCGGUGCUGCUGUGGGGGGAGCUCUUCACCCAGGAGCUCUGGGACAGGCUGAGCCGGCACAAAGCCCCCUACGGCUGGCAGGGGCUCUCCCACCAAGCCAUCGCCUCCACCCUGACCCUCCUGAACGGCUCUGGGAACGCCAAGCUCUUCGCCGCCUCCGGGGAGCCGCCCCCAGGCUGCGUGCGGUGCGCUGUGGUGGGGAACGGAGGCAUCCUGAACGGCUCCCGCCAGGGCCUGCACAUCGACACCCACGACUACGUGUUCAGACUCAAUGGAGCUGUGAUCAAAGGCUUUGAACACGACGUGGGCACCAAGACCUCAUUCUACGGUUUCACGGUGAACACCAUGAAAAACUCCCUCAUCUCCUACUGGAACCUCGGCUUCACCUCCGUACCACAGGGCCAGGACCUGCGCUACAUCUUCAUCCCCUCCAACAUCCGCGACUACGUGAUGCUGAGAUCGGCCAUUCUGGGUGUGCCUGUCCCUGAGGGGCCUGAUGAAGGGGACAUCCCCGGCCCCACCGCUCCUCCUACCGCCGGCGCGCCGGCCUGCCCCUCGCCCCGCUCUCCAGCGGGCAGUACGACGGGUCGACCCGCUCUGUCCACUUCUUUCGUGGGUCCUAGGCCUCAGAGCUAUUUCGGACCAGGAGCCUCUGCCAGUAAAUUCAAGCUGCUCCAUCCAGACUUCAUCCGCUACCUGACAGAGAGGUUUUUGAAAUCAAAGUUGAUAAACACAAAUUUUGGAGACCUAUAUAUGCCGAGUACUGGGGCCCUCAUGCUGCUAACAGCAUUGCACACCUGUGACCAGGUUAGUGCCUACGGAUUCAUCACAAGCAACUACCGGAAAUUUUCUGAACACUAUUACGACCGAAAAAAGAGACCACUGAUAUUCUACGUGAACCACGACCUGCUUCUGGAAGCCGCCCUGUGGAAGGACCUCCACAAGGCAGGCAUCAUUCAGCUGUACCAGCGCUGACCCUGAAGACCCCGAGCCCCCUGUUCUUGCAGAGCUGUGGCUCUCACCCCCUCCAGUGCCCAAGCCUUUUUCAUCUGUUCAACCUACGGAGAGGGGCUCCAACUCCCCACCUGCUUCUUCCCAACAGGGGACGUAAAAACCGUCAUCAAAGCCUGUUCAGGGUGGGGUGUGCCACGUUGUCCCGGGCUCAUCCGAGGAAAGUCCCGGGCUCAUCUGAGGAAAGUCCUUCCUGGGUCGGAGAAAAAUAGUUUGGCUGGAUUGAGUUUUAAAUUGAAGAUAACACUCCCAAGAUGUGACCCUCACCGGCAAGGACAGGCGUUCCUCUGAGCUGAGCCACUUUAAGAUCGUCCAUGGAGCGAUUCAGGGCCUAUCAGUUAACCAAGACCCAGCAGCAGCCAAGGUGAAUGCACUGCCCGGCCAAGAUCACCCACCGGCUAAGUCAACGUCAACCCUACCCAGCAACCAGCGCCAACCUUCAACUUGAGAAGUCUUAAGAACAUGAUCAAUUCACUUCUACCCCAUGAAGUGGGGGAAGGCAACCCCCAUGACAAUGUGGGAGCCCAAAAGGCAGAAUGUAAUUUGAGACUAGAUAAUUGCAUAAAUGAUGAACGACCA